AUGCGUCGGCGACCUUGGCGAAAAGGAACCUUCAUCUAUCGAGGGGUCGGUGUCUGCAGUAGACACAGUUUCGAUGCUUCUGGGAGCCUGACUGAAUUAGUUUGUUGUAAGAGUGUAUCUAUCUAUCUAUCUAUCUAUCUAUCUAUCUAUGCUUAUUCAUUAUCUAUUCUAUCUAUCUAUCUAUCUAUCUAUAUAUAUAUAUAUAUAUAUAUAUAUAUAUAUCUGAGUCUGUUCAUUAUCUAUCUCAGUCUAUUUAGAUCUCUUUAUCAGUUUAUUAUAUCUAUCUAUCUAUCUAUCUAUCUAUCUAUCUAUCUAUCUAUCUAUCUAUCUAUCUAUCUAUGCUUAUUCAUUAUCUAUAUCUAUCUAUCUAUCUAUAUAUAUAUAUAUAUAUAUAUAUAUAUAUAUAUAUAUAUUUUAUUCAUUAUCUAUCUAUCUAUCUAUCUAUCUAUCUAUCUAUCUAUCUAUCUAGUUCAUUAUUUGACUGCUUACGGAUACCAGGCACUGAAAACAGCACAGAGUAUUGUGCACGGCUAUGCAAAUAUUGGCAAAUUAGAUAUUUGA